AUUUUCAUUCACUUCAUUAAUCUUGGAAUUCCAAAUCUAUUAUGUUGUAUUUGAAGUCUGGAGUAUGUGAACGGACUGAGGCUGUCGAUCCCUCCAAGUCACUCUCUCAACUAGACAGAUUGUUCAACGAGGGAAGGCCCUUCUUCUCUAAGGACUCACUCCGGAAUAUCCAGGAACAGCUACAGCAACCGCUCAAAAAAGGAGACAGAAUACGAAUCCUCGAUCUCUCUGACGUGCCUGUCUUCUUCGAGGUCAAAACGGGCGACUGCCAGGCUCAUCUGCGUGCCGGCGACAUAGUCUAUACAGCAAACGAGCCAACCAUACAAUACGUCUCAUACCAGUCUCUCAGAAAGCGAAUUGAGACCGUCAGUGAAAGCCCUGAUUUGGCGUUCUGUAGCCUGCGCAUUCAACAUACCCUCAUCCGCCAUAACAAUAUCACCGGUGAGCCUGCAGAUGACUCUAAAUUCAAGUCAAAAGAUGAAGUCCAUCGUCUCUUUUCCGCCGCCCUGGAGAUCUGGGAAGAGAGCGGCAUAUGGGCGGAAAUUAAAAGGACACUGUCGUCUACAGCUACUGCAGGAAAGAUAACCAAGAUCAUCGGAUUCGGAUGUGGGAUAAUGUCUGCUUCGGAUGAUGUGCCUCACAUAUCUUAUAAUGCCGCUUUUCAACACGCAUUGCUCCUGACACUGCAACAGUUUCUGCGGCAGAGUUCGAGCCACGAAAUUACUUGCGCUGUCCAAGACCCCGCCUACACAGAUAGGGACAUAUCCGUUCUUUAUUCUCAUGGAAUUGAAAUAUUGAAAGACCCUGAGGGUUUUAUCCAGGCCGAUGACUCCUCGCUGGUAUUUGCAUGCGCGCCGGAUGUCCCCGUCAGGCAGAUUGUUGCUGACAUCGCUCGGCCUGCUGUGCUGAUGUGGGAUAGGGUUUCAUCUAGUGAUGAUUUGACGGCCGACCCGGAUUCACCGCGGAUAAGGAAGAUGAUUUGUGAUUCUUACGAUUGUUUCGAUUUCCCCUACGACGAGCAUUUCGGGGAUAUGGCUAUCUAUGUACGGCGGGACCUGAAUUCGCAAGGACAGUUCGCCCAGAUUGACACCAUCGCAUGACAUUAUUGAAGCGUCGUCACCAGUUUGCCAGUAUUAGCUCCCUCGAAAAGUCUCAUCCAGACUUUCGGCACAUCCUCUAACCCUCCUUUGAUUAUCGUCUCGCUCUUUUCCUCCAGCUGCACUUUCCCUUCAACAACUGCUUUCGCUAUAACCUCGAUCGCCUUGUCCGCCUCAUUGUAAUACUUUAAGAC